AAACCACCAAACCUGAAAAUGAGAGUUUGUGAAAAUUUCAAGCCUGAAUUGGAAAAUUGAAGCGGAAAGUGUGUUAAUUUUGGGGGGAUUGGGAUUUGGGACCAAAACCCUGAGAAAGGGUCGUAAGCUGAGAAACAUUAAAAAUUAAUGAGACAAAGCAAUGGAAACAGAAGCUGAGAGAACAAACCCCUUUGAACAAGAACAAGGUUGAUGAUAAAGAAUGGCCAAAAGAGUUGUGUACAGAGCAUUCUCCUCAACUCCUGAAAUUCCAAGCCUUUAUUCCUUUCUACAACCAUCAGUGUUUGCCCUCACAAAAUGCAAAAACAAACGACAACCCAUUUCUGAAGAACCUCAAAAGCUUCCAACUUCACCACGACAGUCUCUUUUCCUCACUCCUGAUCAAAUCUCCACCUUGCAAACGACCCUUCACAAGUCUCUCAUAACCAGUGACACUGAUGAGGCUUGGAAGUCCUUCAAGACCCUCACCACCCACCAAACCUUUCCACCUAAACCCCUCACCAAUUCCCUCAUCACUCACUUGUCCUCUCUUGGUGACAUCCACAACCUCAAGAGGGCUUUUGCCUCUGUGGUUUUUCUCAUGGAGAAGAACCCUUUGGUGAUUGACUUUGAAACCCUUCAUUCCAUGCUAGAUUCCAUGAAGAGUGCCAACACUGCUGCCCCUGCUUUUGCCCUUGUUAGGUGCAUGUUCAAGAACAGGUUUUUUGUUCCUUUUAGUGUUUGGGGUAAUGUGCUUGUUGAGAUUAGUAGGAAGAAUGGUAACCUUGCUGCUUUUCUGAGGGUUUUUGAAGAGAAUUGUAGGGUUGCUUUGGAGGAGAAGAUGGAGUUCAUGAAACCUGAUGUUGGUGCUUGUAAUGCUGCACUUGAAGGUUGCUGUUUUGAACUUGAAUCUGUGAGUGAUGCUGAGAGGGUUGUUGGAAUAAUGUCAAAUCUUGGUGUUAGGCCUGAUGAUUUGAGUUUUGGGUUUCUUGGUUAUUUGUAUGCACUCAAGGGGUUACAAGAGAAGAUAAAAGAAUUGGAGGUUUUGAUGGGUGGGUUUGGUUGUUCAAACAAGAAGGGUUUCUAUUCUAAUUUGAUUAGUGGGUAUGUUAAGUCAGGAAAUUUGGCUUCUGUGGAGUCAACUAUUAUUAAAUGUCUGAAUGAUGAAGGUGGAAAAGAUUGGAGUUUUGGUGUAGAAACUUUCUGUGAAGUUGUUAAGGCGUAUUUUCAGAAAGUAAAUAUCAAGGGGUUAGCUAAUUUGAUUAUUGAAGCUCAGAAGUUAGAGCCUUCAAAUAUCGUAGUUGAUAAGUCUAUAGGUUAUGGUAUUGUUAAUGCAUGUGUUAGUAUGGGACUAUCAGACAAAGCACACAGCAUUCUUGAUGAAAUGAAUGCUCUGGGAGCCUCUGUUGGUCUCGGGGUCUAUGUACCAAUCUUGAAGGCUUACUGCAAAGAAAAUAGAACUGUUGAGGCUACUCAAUUGGUGAUGGAGAUUAGUAAUUCUGGUCUGCAGUUGGAUGUGGAAACCUAUGAUGCUUUGAUAGAAGCAGCCAUGUGCAGCCAAGAUUUUCAGUCAGCAUUUUCCCUGUUCAGGGACAUGAGAGAAGCAAGGAUUCCUGAUUUGAAAGGGAGUUACUUGACUAUAAUGACAGGUUUGAUGGAGAAUCAUCGGCCUGAGUUGAUGGCAGCUUUCUUAGAUGAGGGGGUUGAGGAUCCUCGGAUUGAAGUAGGUACGCAUGAUUGGAAUUCUAUCAUCCAUGCUUUCUGUAAAGCUGGGAGACUUGAAGAUGCAAGAAGGACUUUUAGAAGGAUGACAUUCCUGCAAUUUGAGCCAAAUGAUCAAACAUACUUGUCCAUGAUUAAUGGAUAUGUCUUGGCUGAGAAGUAUUUUGUUGUGUUGAUGUUGUGGAAUGAGGUUAAGCGAAAGCUAUCAACGGAUGGGCAGAAAGGGAUCAAGUUUGACCACAAUCUGGUUGAUGCUUUCCUGUAUGCCAUGGUCAAGGGAGGUUUCUUUGAUGCUGUUAUGCAAGUUGUACAGAAAGCUAAUGAGAUGAAAAUUUUUGUUGACAAGUGGAGAUACAAGCAAGCAUUCAUGGAGACCCAUAAAAAGCUCAAAGUUGCAAAGUUAAGAAAAAGAAAUUUUAGAAAAAUGGAAGCACUUAUUGCUUUCAAGAACUGGGCUGGGUUAAAUACAUGAACAAUAAAGACUGGCUACUUCUUAUUAUCCCAAGGAUUGAACCAUUUGCGUAUUCUUUCAAGAAACGAACUUUGAUAUCAUAAACUUUAGAGCACUUUAAUUUUUUAUUUUCUUGAACAAUAACACUCAGUUUAGGCUUGGCAGGUUCUGCUCAACGAGAUCAUCUCCUUUUUUAUUUGGGCUAAAUGCAUUUCUUUGCUGUCUCCCAUUUUCCAAUUUUCAAUUGUUGAUUGUUGUCUUCUUGUAUGUAAGAUAGGAAGUUUAAACACACGCUGAAUCAAUGAACUGCUUACACAUGGUCUCGGUAUUCCUCAAAAGAAGAAAAACAUGAUCACCAGUCGCUUUCUUGCUAUCCAUUUAUGAAGGAUGAAGUAUCCAGUAACCUGAAGGCUCAAAAUAAAUACUAUCACAUGUAGUAUUGUCAAUAUCCUGCAUCAGUAUGAAGUUCUUUGCUUUCAAUUUUCUAUUUCCUUGUUAUGAGCUUCUAAUGAGUCGUUUAUAUUUUUUAUUUAUUUAUUUGUCUUUAUCUGAAAUAGGCAUUAAGCACUAGAAUUGAACCUGGUUUGGGGCAGGAGAUUGUUCUUCCCCAUGACUAUAUCUUCAGGUUUAAUUCUUUGAUUCAGCCUCAUAUUUUCUUUAAUAGAUCAAAAUUGUUUGAUAGUAGUUGAGACUUCAUGUAUUGCAUACUAUAUCAAUUACAUAUAGUGAGGGCAACGGUUUUACC